CCCCACCCCUUCGCCAUCAUCCGGCUAUUAGAUGUGACAUCGAGGCUGCUCAGGAGAAGUCACCAUGUCCUAAACACAGAAGGGCCUUCUGGAGCCCUGUCCCCUCACCCUGGCCUCCCAUCCCCUUCCCCUGCUCCCUCUCCCAUCCACCUCUUCACCCCUUCUCCCAGCCCCAUCCAACUCCCAGACCUUUCUGCACAUGUAAGGAACAGGCUGCCCAGCCCUGGCUUCCUGCCGGCACACCCCUCCUCUCCCCCCGGAGAGAUGAGCUUACAGAAGCAUCAGCAGCUAGGUGGUGGAAGCGGUGGAGUGAUGGGUUCUGACCGGGACCUGCAGUCCACCGCUUCCUCCAUCUCCCUGCCGUCUGUGAAGAAGGCUCCAAAAAAGAGGCGCUUCUCCCUGGCUUCUCUUUUCAGAAGACGGAGACGAGAUUCCAAAUCAGGGCGCGAAAAGUCCAGAGAGCUCCAUCAUCCUGGACCUGGAGGACUAACAGGAGUGGAUGGUAUAGCUAGCAUUGAGAGCAUCCACUCAGAGAUGUGUAAUGAAAAGAAAUCUGCCUUCUUCUCUGUGGCUGGGACCGAAGCUGCCUCUGUUGUUGCUGCCUCCUCCUCGUGUGUCUCAGGGCCUUCAUCUUCUACCUCUUCCUCCAAGGUCGGGGUUGGAGUAGGAGCAGAGCUUCUGGAGUGCCCACUGUGCCUUUUGCGCCACUCUAGGGAGAGCUUUCCUGACAUCAUGACCUGUCACCACCGCUCAUGCAUAGACUGUCUGCGCCAGUACCUGCGUAUUGAGAUCUCAGAGUCACGUGUCAAUAUAAGCUGCCCGGAGUGCACAGAGCGCUUCAAUCCACACGAUAUACGCAUGAUCCUGGGUGAUCGAGUGCUCAUGGAGAAAUAUGAAGAGUUCAUGCUGAGGAGGUGGCUGGUUGCUGACCCAGACUGCCGGUGGUGCCCUGCACCAGACUGUGGAUAUGCAGUAAUAGCGUUUGGGUGUGCCAGCUGUCCAAAGAUCACAUGUGGCAGGGAAGGUUGUGGCACCGAGUUCUGUUACCACUGUAAGCAGCUGUGGCAUCCUAACCAGACCUGUGAUGCAGCUCGACAACAGCGAGCCCAGAGCCUGCGCCUGCGCCUGAGAACCGUGCGCUCGUCCUCCCUCAGUUAUAGUCAGGAGAGUGGGGCUGCAGCCGAUGACAUUAAGCUAUGUCCUCGCUGCGCUGCGUUCAUUAUCAAGAUGAAUGAUGGGAGCUGUAACCACAUGACCUGCGCUGUCUGUGGCUGUGAGUUCUGCUGGCUUUGCAUGAAGGAGAUCUCAGACUUGCACUACUUGAGUCCAUCAGGCUGUACUUUCUGGGGGAAGAAGCCGUGGAGCAGGAAAAAGAAGAUUCUUUGGCAGCUCGGAACUCUUGUGGGCGCUCCUGUCGGAAUCGCACUGAUAGCUGGCAUAGCUAUACCCGCCAUGAUGUUUGGGAUCCCUGUAUAUGUGGGUAGGAAGAUCCAUAAUCUUUAUGAAGGUAAAGAUAUUUCCAACCACAAGAGGAACCUGGUGAUUGCUGGUGGAGUGUCUCUUUCUGCCAUCGUGUCCCCGGUGGUGGCUGCAGUCACUGUAGGCAUCGGGGUUCCCAUCAUGCUUGCAUACGUCUAUGGCGUGGUGCCCAUCUCUCUGUGUCGCAGCGGAGGUUGUGGCGUUUCAGCAGGGAAUGGAAAAGGAGUUCGCAUUGAGUUUGAUGAGAAUGACAUGAAUGCUGGCAGCGGGGCGGCUGUCACUGACUCAACAUCAGUGGCAGACACCAGGAACAACCCCAGUAUAGGUGAGGGCAGUGUUGGAGGGUUGACGGGCAUCUUCAGUGCCAGCGGGAGUCACAUGGACCGUCUGGGGGCCAUUAGGGACAACCUGAGUGAGACUGCCUCCACAAUGGCCUUAGCUGGAGCCAGCAUCACUGGCAGCCUCUCUGGGAGUGUCAUGGUCAACUAUGUAAACAGGCUCGAGGUGCAGGCUGAUGUGCAGAAGGAGCGCUGCAGUCUGAGCGGUGAGUCGGCCACAGUCAGCCUGGGUACAAUGAGUGACAACGCAAGCACCAAAGCAAUGGCUGGAUCCAUUCUCAACGCCUACAUGCCUGUUGACAGAGAGGGAAACAGUAUGGAAGUCCAGGUCGACAUCGAAUCCAAACCGGUGAAACGGAGACAUCACAGCGGCGGCAGCAGCGUAGACGACGGCCAGGUCGCUCGCUGGACUUACUCCUCCAAUGGCUGCACCUCCUCAGAGAGCAAAGGAACCUCUGCUAAGUGCGCCAAAGAGUCCUCCUCCACCUCGGGGGGCAAAAAGAGUAAAGGCAAGCUGCGCAAGAAAGGUGGGGGCACAAAGAUCAAUGAAAGCCGGGAGGAGAUGGAUGCUCAGCUUCUAGAACAGCGUAGCACCAACUCCUCCGAGUUUGACUCUCCGUCUCUGAGUGGCAGCCUGCCGUCGGUGGCCGACUCUCACUCCAGCCACUUCUCUGAGUUCAGCUGCUCGGACAUAGAAAGCAUGAAGACGUCCUGUAGCCAUGGCUCCGGCGGCGAUUACCACUUACGCUUUGCCACCGUCAGCCCCCUACCAGAGGUGGAGAAUGACCGCCUAGAGACAUGCCCCACUUCGUCGUCGUCGUUGCAGGGACAUGGAGUCGUAAUCGCGCCGCAGUCCCCCACCUCCAUCGCCUUUUCUCUCGGAAAUGGUUCCGAGCCUUCUCCUCUGUGCUUCAUCAUGGAGGAGAACGUCAGCCUGGUGUGUCCUGCUGAGCUGGACUCUCACAGCAACACCGGAGAGCUGCUGAAAGAAAACAACAACAACCAACCACAACUACCAUCCCAAAGCCAGCAGCAGGCCAGGAGCUCCUGUAUUCAGACUGAUGUUUAA